GAGAGAGUAUUGAGGAGAGCCACUGAUUAAUUAAUUAAUGUCUCUCCCAUCCAUCAAAAGCCUUAAAUGCUUUCACUCUCCCUCUCUCUCUGUCUCUCUCCUAUCCAUCAAAGCCUUGACUUUGUGCUGCUCCACCAUGUAGCAUAUUUGAAAGUGAUAUGCAGAGGGCCCCUGAAUUUGUUUUCUUUGACCUCUCGCCAUCAAAAUCCUUGAACCCUUUCACACUCUCUCUCUCCUACUCAUCACCAAAACCCUUUACUUUGUGCAGUUCCAGUUUGUAGCAUUAUCUUCAUUAGAAAACGAUGUGCACAAGGUUCCUAUUUUUUAUUUUUUUUUCUUUUAACCUUUCUCUAUCUCUUAUCCUUUCCUGUUUUUGUUUAAUUAAAGUCAUUUUUUCUUGGUUUGCCUUUCUUAAUGUAUGAUUCUAGCUGGAGUUUAAAGGUAAGCAUCAAUAUAGAAAGACAAGGUGGUGCUUCUUGUUUUGUAUUUAAGCUUUUCUUAUUCUUCAUUGUCCUUUUGUUUUCAUCUUUGUCCUUAUAAAUUUCAUUCAACUGUCAUGAUUCCAUUCAUCGGUAAGGAAGAAGGUUUGAUCUAAGUUAAUUUGGUUGAAAUGUUUAGUUUGAUGAUUCUAGUCGUUAAUUUAGAGGAUCUUGCAGAUUAAAUCAGACAAAAAUGUUGAAAGAUUUGGCUUCAUGGUAUAUAUACAUAAGUUGUCAAAGUUACUGUCGAUCCCAAAAUUUAUCAUAUUGAUUUGUGAUUUGUGAAUAGGGUGAUAUCAAAUUCAUUUCAGGCCAUGAUCAUCUUUUGGUACAUCAGCACACCAUGAUGGAUCUAGGGUUUUGUGGCAUCUAUUCUCUUGAUCAGGAGUGAAAUAAGAGCAAGAAAAUAGGAACCCUGUUGAUUAUCCACAGCAAUAUUGCUAAGAUACACACACACACAUAUAUCUACACACGUUUUUAAGGUUUGGCAUAUCUAGAGAGCUCAAAUAAUCGUCAUGAUUCGUGAAGAUUAUGUUGUAGUCUAAAAUCAAGGCUUUAAUUUCUGGGGUGGCGCUAUACAUGACUUUAACAAUCAUAGAUUUUUCAUAGCUGAAUCAUGACUUUAUAUGAUUUGCUUAAUCAGGGGACUACCUUCCUCGGAAUAUCGACAUUGCAAGAACUUGAAGAACAGCAAGUCAUUCUAAUUUCUAUACAUAUGUCUUCUCCUCCUUUUAAUAAUCCCCAUUAUGAAGAUAACAGUUGCCCAUCCCUCCAUUAUGCUGAUUUAUGGUCACUUUUGCAAGAAAUUGACAUAUCGGUACCUGUUGAUGAUCAUAACUCUUUAGACCGGAUGGAUCCUAUAAUGUUCGAGCAAGAAAAUUCGGCCAUGGUGCAGUACUCCAGCCAAGAGAAAGGAUUGGUUGGAGACAACCCCAUUAAUCCUGUAGCGUUCGACCAAGAAAAUUCAACCAUGGUGCAGUCCAGCAAGGAGAAAGGACAGGUUGGAGGCAAAACCAAUUUGAAGACUGGUGAAAGAAACCGCAGAAUCAAACACUCACAAGCUAAGAAGACACUGCUGAAACACAUUGCAGAUCAACAAGGGUCAAGUGUGCUUAGGAAAGAAAACCAUAAUGCCAAGGAGAGAGUACGAAGGAUGCAGCUCAAUGCAUCUUACUUGGCUCUUCGUUCGUUGCUACCAGAUGCUCGAAGAUCAAAGAAGAGAUGGAGUUCACCGCGAAUAAUUGAUAGAGUUCUUGAGUACAUCCCUGAGCUGGAGAAUGAGAUAGAGAAUCUCACUCUCAAGAAGGAAAACAUGCUAUCCUCCCUCGCAAACGAGCAAACUCACCAGAAUCAGCCUUCAGACCUCCAAGUUCCCACGGUUUCAGUGACUGAAGUUAGAAAAGGUGAAGUAAUCGUGCAAAUAUGCAUGCAACGAGAACCAGGCAAUGUGCUCUCAAAUCUGAUGCAGAAUGUAGAGGGUGAAGGCAUGAGGAUCAUGAGUGCUUCAAGUCUUCAUGUUUGUGAUGAACGAGUCUGCUACCACCUGCAUAUUCAGGUAUGUAUUUUACAUAAUUUUAUGUGAAGUUUUCUCCUUUGUGUAGGUCUAGGGCAAAUUUUCCUGAACUGCAUCAAUCUUGUUUCCUUGUUUAGUCUAUGGUUAAUUCCUACUAUGAGAGCAGUACAAGUGAUCAUGCAAAUUUUAGUAAACAAGAAGGUCAUCAAGGAUAAGACAAGAAUAAGUUCUCCUUUUGCAGAGGAGAAUGAAGAGUAUGAUCUUUAAUGUAACAAGGUGAUGAUCACAUAGGCAUUGCUUUAAAACUUGAAAAAAUUGAAAGGAUGGAGAUGAUGAAUGGGAAAAUAUGGGUGUGCAUUAGGUCUAAAUCUUCAAUAAGUGUAAUUAGUAUACAUACAUCGGUAGUCUUAUUCCCUAAUAACUUAAGCUUUUAGCUAGGUGAAUAUAUCGGUAGCUUUUUAGUAGUUGGGAGUAUUAAAGUUAAAUUUUAUAUGAGAUAGCAUCUUCAAACCUCAGUGCUAUAAAACUUGAAAAUCUUAAAAAGAUGCAGAUGAUAAUUGGGACAAUAUGGGCAUGUAUUAGAUGUAGAACUCAAAUA